UUCUAGUGCUUCUAAAGUCCCAGUACGUACAUGGAACAAUUCUCCCUCUUUUGGCCUAUAAAAACUGAUUAUUAUGUGUAGUAAUUCAUGCAAAAAAAAAAAAUAUAUAUCAUUGAUAAAGCCACAAAAUUUAUUAACAAAAUGAAGCUAAUCAGUGCUACUUUGCUUCUUCUUGUAUUACUUUCGCCUUGUCUUCAACCAACAGAAGCACAAAUUGGAGUAUGUUAUGGAAUGCGUGGAGACAACUUACCAUGUGCACAAGAUGUAGUAAACCUCUAUAAAUCCAACAACAUAGGCGCAAUGAGACUUUAUGCUCCGGAUAUAGACACACUUGAAGCUAUCAAAGAAACAAACAUCAAGAUCAUGUUAGGUGUCCCUAACGAAAAUAUAACGGAAAUAGGUUGCAACCAAUCGACGGCCGACGUGUGGGUCGAAACCAACGUCAUCCCUUAUGCACCAUCCAUCAAAUACAUUGCCGUUGGAAAUGAAAUUCGUCCAGAUAAUGACACACAAAUAGCCCCAUUUGUUGAACCAGCCAUGCGCAACAUUUACAAUUCUUUAAAUUCGUACAACUUAACAGCUCAAAUUAUGGUCUCAACCGCAAUUGAUACAAGUUUAAUUAAUAACUCGUACCCACCAUCUAGUUGUACAUUUAAAAAUUUAACUUACAUUACCCCAAUAAUUAAAUUUCUAAGAGAAAAUAAUUCACCAUUAUUGGUUAAUAUUCAACCUUAUAUUGCUUACAAAAUUGACAUGAAAGAUAUAAAACUUAAUUAUGUAUUAUUUACUUCACCUAAACCUGUUUUUAAAGAUAAUAAAACGAGUAAGUAUUAUCAGAAUUUGUUCGAUGCUAUAUUUGACGCAGUUUAUACAGCGGUACAAAAAAUCGACACACCUGAUAUCAUAUUUUCAAAUGGUGAUAACAAGAAAUUAGAUAAGAUGGUGGUGUCCGAAACUGGACAUCCAUCGAAAGGUGAAUUCAAGAAAAAGAUAAUGUAUGAUAAUGGGGGUAAUGAGGACGCGACCACCGUGGAAAAUGCAAAGACUUACUACACUAAUUUGAUUAAACAUGUGAAGAAGGGUACUCCAUUGACACAAGGGCAACUUAUUGAGACUUACUUGUUUGCAAUGUUCGACGAAAAUGAAAAAUCAGGGGAUGAAACUGAGAAACAUUAUGGUCUUUUUACUCCUGAUGGAACCCCCAAGUAUGGCCAUCUCAAUUUUUGUGGAUAGUAUUCACUUUUAGAGCUACUUUUUUGCAAAUUUAUUUUUCAGUAAGACAACUUUAGAAUAAGUAUCAGAAUGUAGUUCAUAUGCUAGUGAUUCAGCGUGUGAAGAGUGUCUCAAUGUUAGACCGUCUCACACAAAAAUUAUGUCACUGUUAAUAUAUAGUGGCUAAAAUGACAGUUAAUGUGUGAAUUUAUCACUAAAUUAUGCAUCAUUGCUAUAUGUUUAAUGUUUUCUA